CAGCCUGCGCUGAGGGAUGCCUGGGUCUCUCUCCUGUGCCCGGGGCGCACAGCACUCUUCAGAGUGCAGCCAUCUGUGGACGUGCAUUUGAGUGAAUUUUUAAAGGUUUCUUUACUCAUGUUCUUCCUGAGAUAAUCUUCCAGUAUGUGGGAAGAAGCAGAAGAAAACGUCCCCUGGAAACACAUAAACUUAAAAAACGGAACGAAACCAAACCCAACUCAUCCUUGUAUGCCUUGUUCUCAUUUUACUCGCCCAAGUCAGCCUUGAAAUUUGCAGUCCUUUCCUUCCACCCGUCUCGAGACCUUCCAAGUACAACGAGCAGACGACAGCACAGGGGCUGGGGAUUUCCCGGGGUAAUUCGAGGGUCUUCGAUCCUCGUGGGUUAAAGGUGUCCCUGGGAGCCACCCCCACGGGAGAGAAGGUUCCACUGAGGCCCGGAAAGCCCCUCCAGCGGUGGGGAUGCACAGCCAGUUCCAGAACUUGGAGACCGGAAGUGGAACAGCGCCGACCUGUUGCUUAGCAACGGCAGCUUCCGGGACGCUGGUCUGCGAGCGCUGAGAGAGCGGACUGCGGGAGCGCGGGGAGACUGCUGCUCCCCACUGCCGCCGCGGUUCCGGCGUCAGUGCUCCGAGGCCGGGCGGGAGCGAUCCGGGAAGCACUCGGUGCGGCCGCGAGAGCCGGCGGCAUGAGCGGCGAGCAGGAUAAACCAGUCAGCAAAGAGAAAUGCAAGGCACCAGGAAAGUCCCGACCACAGUUGUCCAUGGAUAAAUCCAAGGACAAAUCCAAGGUAUCAGGAAGAGUUUUGCCACAGUUGUCUAUGGUGAGUACAAAGCCCCAGUGGCAGCAGGCUGCUCCAUCCUUCCACCUGAAUAUAAAGCAGGAGAAUGAGAUCCCGGAGCCUUUUACUGUUAAAAAUGAACAGUCUUAUGCUGAAUACAUUGAACACUUAGGAAAAAAAGACAGAGUCUUCCACCAAGUUGAAGAUGCUAGACCAUCUACCUGCAGGUCAAAGGCCAAGUCUCCUCACAGAGAACGAGAAAACUUUCGAAGUGCUCUUGUUAACGUCAUCCUGCAACAAGAGGUUGGUUUAGAAUCGGCUAUCCCUGAAGAAAUCAAAAUUUCAAAAAUGACCACCUCUGCCAUAGAGAAAGACAUCUUGAAGCAUUAUUAUUACAUCCACCAUGGGAUCGACACAGACCAUGUAGCCCCAAUGGAGGACUCCUGGCUGGAACACGUCCUGGACCUGGUCCCGCAGCAUCUGAAGGUCCUCACGGACAGCAUAGCUGUACUAUCAGAUGAAAUGCGAGAAGAUUAUCUGCUCAGUGUGAAGAAGUCAAUAGUUGAUUUUGUUCUAAAAGACCCCAGAGAGAAGGAUGAUGAUAAAAGGCCCAGUGAGCUCCCACCCCACCGUGCCGAAAUGGAAGUUUUGCCAAAACCUUGGAGGAAGUCGUUCUUCACCGCGUGUAGUUACAUCAGAGAUCACCUGAAUGCCAUGAACCCCACGAUGCUGGCCGUGCUGGAUUUGUGGCACAGCUCAUAUAAAAAAUUACGUUUAGUCGACACAGAAGAAUUCCAUAAUCGCCAGGAUGCCCUGGAGCUGUCAAUCUUCCAGAACAUCGUCAUGAGACACAUAGAGACUGCUAAAGACAUUCUGCUUAAAACGUGGUUUCCAGAAGUGCAGAAUAUUUACUACCAAGGUAAUAAAAAAAAGCAGCUGCCCACCAGUGACAACAGUGCCAAACUGGAAUCUUUUUUCAACUGCGCGGCUACGCUCAUGACCCUACAGCUGCAGGACCUGGCUUUGGUCUCCAUGCAGGAUUUCACGGACCUGAUUGCGCAGCCCGCAGAUUCUAUCAGAGCUUUUGAACACCCCGGUUUCAUCAUGAGGCUGAUUCUUGACAAUGACACCAUUAAAUUUGAACCUGAGUUUGAGGAAUACAUAGAUAUCCUCCAAAAUGUUUACGAUGUCAUGAUUAAGGUUGUCAACUUUGUGCCAAGAGUUGAGACAAAAUUGUAUUCCAAAUGGGAAAGUAAGUCUAAGCCGACCACCUUGAAGCCCAUCAUCCUGGAUGAAAUCGUAGGUGCUCACAAGAACAAGAUCAAGGAGGUGGUCCAGAGGGAGAGUGUGGCCCCUUCCGAGCACCUGCGACUCUAUGACAAGUACGACUUCUUAAUUUCCAAGAAAGCUGAGAAGGACACUGACUUGUUCCUGGAGGAAAAUCACCAUUAUGAGAGAAUAAUAGAGGAAAUCCGCAAAUACCAAAAACUAGUAGAGGAAAUACAGUACACCUCUAGAAAGAGUGUCCGCCUCGGAAUGUUUGAGGCGCACUGCGAAGAACUGAUCAGAGCUUUGGCGAAACGGGCGGAGGCUAUUUGUGGGAGGCUGAUCGUGAAGAUGUACAAAGACCACCAGGACCUGAGCGUGAGGUUGUGUGAGGAGUUUGAGAAGAUAGCUGAAAAAGCUCUCAGCACCCCUCCAAACACGGCAGAACUAAUGGCGAUGAAGGCUUACAUUCAGAAAGUAGAGGCAACUGAUAUGGUUGAACUGGGACAGAAAUUAGUGGACUCCAAAAACUGCCUGGCCUUCCUCAUUGAGUGCACCAACUUUUCUCCUGCGGACAUCAGGCUAAACAAUAGCGUUUUCCAGUGGUACGGAAGGAUGGGCGAAAUCUUUGAAGAACACAGGAAAAUCAUUAAAGAGAAGACGGAACAGUAUCAAGACGGUCUUAAGUUGCGGUGUGAGCGGUUUGUGGAGGAGCUGGAGAGCUACGCCAAGCAGGCCGAGGAGUUCUACAGCUUCGGGGACCUGCAGGACAUGCAGCGCUACCUGAAGAAGGCGCAGGCACUGAACACCAAGCUGGACGCAGCUGCGGACAAGAUCCUGCAGUUUAAUGCCGAAGAGGAGGCCUUUGGCUGGCUGCCGUCCAUAUAUCCUCAACGUAAAAAAAUCCAAGAUGGCUUGAACCCGUAUCUCCGUCUCUAUGAAACCAGCGUGGAAUUCAGCAACAAGUACAAAGCGUGGACAGAAGGGCCCUACAACAAGGUGAAUCCAGACCAAGUAGAGGGGGACGUGGGGAAUUAUUGGAGAGGACUCUACAAGUUGGAGAAGGCCUUACAAGAUUCUCCAAAUGCCUUGGCCAUGGCCAAGAAGGUCAGAUCCAAAGUGGAAGACUUCAAGCAGUACAUCCCGCUGAUGCAGGUGGUCUGCAACCCCGGCCUGCGCCCCCGGCACUGGGAGGCCAUGUCCGCCAUCGUGGGCUACCCGCUGCAGCCGGCCGAGGACUCCACCGUCUUCUCCUUCAUAGACCUCAACCUGGAGCCCUACCUCGACAGGUUCGAGGCCAUCAGCGAGUCUGCCAGCAAGGAAUACUCUCUGGAGAAGGCCAUGGAGAAGAUGAUAGCGGAGUGGGACGCCAUGGAGUUCGUCAUCCUCCCCUACAGGGAGAGUGGGACUUACAUUCUGUCGGCAGUGGAUGAAAUCCAGAUGCUGCUGGAUGACCACAUUGUCAAAACGCAGACGAUGCGGGGAUCGCCCUUCAUCAAGCCCUACGAGAAGCAGAUAAGGGAGUGGGAGGGCAGGCUGCUGCUGCUGCAGGAGAUCCUGGACGAGUGGCUCAAGGUCCAGGCCACGUGGCUGUACCUGGAGCCCAUCUUCAGCUCCCCCGACAUCAUGUCGCAGAUGCCCGAGGAAGGCCGGCGCUUCACGACAGUGGAUAAGACGUGGCGGGACCUAAUGAAGAACGUCCAGCAGAAUAAACACGUUCUGACAGUUGUAACUAUUGACAAAAUGCUGGAAAAGAUGAAAAAGAAUAAUGAACUUUUGGAACUCAUUCUAAAAGGACUGAAUGAAUAUUUGGAAAAGAAACGGCUCUUCUUCCCCAGAUUCUUUUUCUUGUCAAACGAUGAACUUCUCGAGAUCCUGUCCGAGACUAAAGAUCCCACCCGGGUGCAACCUCACCUGAAGAAAUGUUUUGAAGGAAUCGCGAAGGUGGAAUUUACAGAGACGCUGGACAUCACGCACAUGAAGAGCAGCGAAGGCGAGGUGGUGGAGCUCAUGGAGACCAUUUCCACCGCCAAGGCCCGAGGCCAGGUGGAGAAGUGGCUGGUGGAGCUGGAGCGAAUCAUGAUUAACUCCAUUCACAAGGUGAUCGGGAGCGCCAUCCAGGCCUAUAUAAACAACGAGCGCAUUAACUGGGUGCGGGAGUGGCCCGGCCAGGCGGUGCUCUGCGUGUCCCAGACGUUUUGGACGAAAGAAGUGCAAACGGCCAUUGCAGUGGGGCUGGAGGCUCUCGAGCAGUACUUGGAAAAAUGUAAUAAGCAAAUUGAUGACAUUGUCACGCUGGUCCGGGGCAAACUGUCCAAGCAGAAUCGCGUUACUCUGGGAGCCCUUGUGGUGCUGGACGUCCAUGCUAGAGAUGUGCUUGCAACACUGGUCCAAAAACGCGUCAGUCACGACUCUGACUUUGAAUGGCUAAGUCAGCUUAGGUACUAUUGGCAGGAGAAUCAUUUAGAAACAAAGAUGAUCAACGCUGGUCUGCGAUACGGGUACGAAUAUCUGGGAAAUUCACCCAGGCUCGUGAUUACCCCACUCACUGACCGAUGUUACAGAACUUUAUUUGGAGCCCUUCACCUGCACCUUGGAGGGGCGCCCGAGGGCCCAGCUGGCACCGGGAAGACGGAGACCACCAAGGACUUGGCGAAGGCGGUGGCCAAACAGUGCGUUGUGUUCAACUGCUCAGAUGGCUUGGAUUACUUGGCCCUAGGAAAGUUCUUUAAGGGGCUGCUAUCUUGUGGCGCCUGGGCUUGCUUUGAUGAGUUCAACAGAAUCGAUUUGGAAGUACUUUCUGUGGUUGCUCAACAAAUCCUUACUAUCCAAAGAGGCAUUAAUGCAGGCGCUGAUAUCCUAGUUUUUGAGGGAACCGAGCUAAAACUGGACCCUACCUGUGCUGUCUUCAUAACCAUGAACCCUGGGUAUGCUGGGCGAUCCGAGCUGCCAGAUAAUCUGAAGGCUCUCUUCCGCACAGUGGCCAUGAUGGUCCCCGACUACGCCAUGAUCGCUGAAAUAGUCCUAUACUCCUGUGGGUUCGUCACUGCCCGGCCGCUGUCUGUGAAAAUCGUGGCCACCUACCGCUUGUGUUCGGAGCAGCUGUCCUCGCAGCAUCACUAUGACUACGGGAUGCGGGCUGUGAAGUCGGUGCUCACUGCCGCCGGGAACCUGAAGCUGAAGUACCCAAAUGAAAACGAAGAAAUUUUGCUACUGAGAUCUAUUAUUGAUGUAAAUCUGCCAAAAUUUCUAGCCCACGAUUUACCACUUUUUAAGGGGAUUACUUCAGAUUUAUUUCCUGGGGUGAAAUUACCAAAGCCCGAUUACAACGAUUUGCUGGCAGCCAUCAAAGACAACUGCGUCUCCAUGAAUCUGCAAAUGACCAAGUUCUUCUCGGAGAAGAUUCUUCAGAUAUACGAGAUGAUGAUUGUGCGCCACGGAUUUAUGAUCGUCGGAGAACCGUUUGGAGGGAAGACCAGCGCCUACCGUGUUUUAGCUGGUGCCCUGAACGAUAUAUGUGAGAAGGGGCUAAUGGAAGAAAACAAGGUUCAGAUCACGGUUCUGAACCCGAAGUCAGUCACCAUGGGACAGCUGUACGGACAGUUUGAUCUGGUGUCCCACGAGUGGUCGGACGGGAUCCUCGCAGUCAGCUUCAGGGCCUUCGCCUCCUCCUCGACUCCAGACAGGAAGUGGCUGAUUUUUGAUGGGCCCGUGGACGCGGUGUGGAUAGAGAAUAUGAACACGGUGCUGGACGACAACAAGAAGCUCUGCCUGAUGAGCGGCGAGAUCAUCCAGAUGUCACCGCAGAUGAACCUGAUUUUCGAGCCAAUGGAUUUAGAAGUCGCUUCCCCUGCCACUGUCUCCAGAUGUGGCAUGAUUUACAUGGAACCGCACAUGCUAGGCUGGAGGCCGCUGAUGCUGUCCUGGUUAAAUCUUUUACCUCCCUCGAUCAGCGCCAUUCAGAAGGAAUUUAUCACGGGCCUGUUUGACAGGAUGGUGCCUGUGUCCGUGGAGUUUAUUAGAAGGCAUACGAAGGAAUUGUCUCCGACUACAGAUACAAACCUGGUCCGAUCCUUAAUGAAUCUCAUAGACUGUUUCAUGGAUAUUUUUGUGGAUGAAGCCAAGGUCAAAGAGCGAAAUGACCGAGAAGUCUACUCUCUGCUCGAGGGCAUUUUUAUUUUCUCCACAAUCUGGUCCAUUGGUGCUUCGUGUACAGAUGAGGACCGGAUGAAGUUUAAUAAGAUCCUCCGAGAACUCAUGGAAGGCCCGAUUUCAGACCUGACGCGAAAUAGGUUCAAAUUACAGAGUGGAACUGAGCAAGUGUCCUCCAAGGCGCUGACGGUCCCAUUUCCUGAGAAGGGGACUAUUUAUGAUUAUCAGUUUAUCACUGAGGGAGUGGGGCGGUGGGAACCAUGGAUAAAGAAACUGGAAGACGCCCCUCCGAUCCCUAAAGAUGUGCUGUUCAAUGAGAUCAUCGUGCCGACCCUGGACACAGUCCGAUACUCUGUGCUGAUGAACCUGCUGACUACACAUCAGAAGCCUUCAAUAUUUGUGGGGCCGACGGGAACGGGGAAGAGCUCCUACAUCACUAAUUUUCUUUUAAAUCAACUCCAUAAGGAAGUCUACAAACCUCUGAUCAUCAACUUCUCAGCACAAACUACAGCAGCUCAAACCCAGAAUAUUAUUAUGUCAAAACUGGACAAAAGGAGAAAGGGAGUGUUCGGUCCUCCUCUGGGCAAGAUAAUGGUUGUGUUCGUGGAUGAUGUCAACAUGCCCGCUCGGGAGGUCUACGGGGCCCAGCCUCCCAUCGAGCUACUCAGGCAGUGGCUGGACCAUUGGAAUUGGUACGACCUCAAAGACUGCUCUGUGAUCAAACUGGUGGACAUUCAGAUCAUGUGUGCCAUGGGGCCUCCAGGCGGUGGCCGGAACCCAGUAACCCCUCGGUACAUGAGACAUUUCAAUAUCAUAACCAUCAAUGAAUUCAGCGACAAGUCCAUGUUUGCCAUCUUCUCCAGGAUCCUGAACUGGCACUUACAGAUCUGUUAUAAAUUUCCAGAUGAAUUUCUAGAUCUGACCACACAAAUUGUAAAUGGCACGAUGACGCUAUAUAAAGAUGCCAUGAAGAACCUCUUGCCCACGCCCGCCAAAUCUCACUAUCUGUUCAACCUGCGGGAUUUCUCCCGCGUCAUUCAGGGGGUGUGCCUGUCCAGACCGGAGACGGCGGAGACCAAGGACGUGAUGAAGCGCCUGUGGGUUCACGAGGUCCUUCGGGUGUACUACGAUCGCCUGCUGGAUAAUUCAGACAGAAAUUGGCUUGUCAGCUACAUUCAAGAAAUUUUGAAAAGCCGCAUGUAUGAAGAUUUCCAUGAGCUCUUUAAACAUUUGGAUUUUGAUGGUGACGGCGUGGUCCAAGAAGAUGACUUGAGGAGCUUAAUGUUCUGUGAUUUCCACGACCCCAAGCGGGAAGACACCAACUACAGGGAGGUGGCGAACGUGGACGCCCUGCGGCUGACGGUGGAGGCCCACCUGGAGGAGUACAACAACAUGAGCAAGAAGCCCAUGAACCUCGUCCUAUUCCGGUUCGCCAUCGAGCACAUCAGCAGGAUCUCCCGCAUCCUGAAGCAGCCCCGCAGCCACGCCCUGCUGGUGGGUGUGGGGGGCAGUGGGAGGCAGUCGGUCACCCGGCUGGCCGCCCACAUGUGCGACUAUGCCGUUUUCCACGUGGAGAUCUCCAAGGGCUACGGCAACAACGAGUGGCGGGAAGACCUAAAAGCGAUCUUACGGAAGUGUGCAGAGGGCGACAUGCAGGGCGUCUUCCUGUUCACAGACACCCAGAUUAAGCAAGAGACCUUCCUAGAGGACGUGAACAACCUGCUGAACGCCGGGGAGGUUCCAAACCUCUUCGCCUUAGACGAGAAGCAAGAGAUCUGUGAGAAGAUGCGGCAGUUAGAUCGCCAGCGGGACAAAACCAAGCAGACCGACGGGAGCCCCGUGGCGCUUUUCAACAUGUUCAUCGACCGCUGCCGCAACCAGCUGCACGUGGUGCUGGCCAUGAGCCCCAUCGGAGACGCCUUCCGGAACCGCCUCAGGAAGUUCCCUGCCCUUGUCAACUGCUGCACCAUCGACUGGUUUCAGUCGUGGCCUGAAGACGCGCUGCAUGCAGUUGCCUCCCGCUUCUUGGAAGACAUCGAAAUGUCCGUGGAAAUCCGGAACGGCUGCAUCGACAUGUGUAAGAGCUUCCACACUUCGACCAUCAAUCUGUCAACAUCCUUCUAUACUGAGCUCCAGAGAUACAACUACGUGACUCCCACCUCUUAUCUCGAAUUAAUCUCCACCUUCAAACUGUUAUUAGAAAAGAAAAGAAGUGAGGUGAUGAAGAUGAAGAGGAGGUACGAGGUGGGCUUGGACAAGCUGGACUCCGCGUCCUCGCAGGUGGCCACGAUGCAGACGGAGCUGGAGGCCCUGCAGCCGCAGUUACGGGUGGCCAGCAAGGAGGUGGAUGAGAUGAUGGUGAUCAUCGAGAAGGAGUCCAUCGAAGUCGCCAAAACGGAAAAGGUAGUGAAGGCUGAUGAGAUCGUGGCCAACGAUCAGGCCAUGGCAGCCAAGGCCAUCAAAGACGAGUGCGACGCGGACCUGGCCGGAGCCCUGCCCAUCCUGGAGUCGGCGCUGACCGCCCUGGACACCCUGACCGCGCAGGAUAUCACCGUGGUGAAGUCCAUGAAGAGCCCGCCGGCUGGCGUCAAGCUCGUCAUGGAAGCCAUCUGCAUCUUGAAAGGCAUCAAAGCAGACAAAAUCCCUGACCCGACCGGCUCAGGGAAGAAAAUCGAGGAUUUCUGGGGCCCUGCUAAGAGACUGCUUGGGGACAUUCGAUUCCUCCAGUCGCUGCACGAGUAUGACAAGGACAACAUUCCUGCCGCUUAUAUGAACAUCAUCAGAAAAAGUUACAUCCCCAACCCUGAUUUCAUCCCGGAGAAGAUUCGCAACGCUUCCACGGCCGCGGAGGGGCUGUGCAAGUGGGUGAUCGCGAUGGACUCGUAUGACAAAGUGGCAAAAAUUGUCGCUCCCAAAAAGAUCAAACUGGCUUCUGCUGAAGCGGAGCUCAAAGUGGCCAUGGACGGGCUGCAGAAGAAGCAGGCAGCCUUGCAGGCCGUGCAGGACAAGCUGGCCCGGCUGCAGGACACCCUCGAGCUGAACAAACAGAAGAAGGCUGACUUGGAAAACCAGGUUGACCUAUGUAGCAAGAAGCUAGAGCGGGCAGAGCAGCUGAUUGGAGGCCUGGGAGGAGAGAAGACCCGCUGGAGCCACUCGGCCCUGGAGCUGGGGCAGCUGUACAUCAACCUGACUGGGGACAUCCUCAUCUCCUCGGGAGUAGUGGCCUACCUGGGCGCCUUCACGUCCAACUACAGACAGAAUCAAACCAAGGAGUGGACAAAUCUGUGCAAAGAAAGAGACAUACCCUGCUCCGAUGAGUAUUCACUGAUGAGCACCCUGGGAGAGGCAGUGACGAUUCGAGCCUGGAACAUUGCCGGGUUACCCUCCGACUCAUUUUCCAUCGACAACGGGAUCAUCAUAGUGAACGCGAGGAGGUGGCCUCUGAUGAUAGACCCGCAAGGCCAGGCUAACAAAUGGGUCAAGAACAUGGAAAAAACCAACAGCCUUCAGCUCAUCAAACUAAGCGACCCUGACUACGUCCGUACGCUGGAGAACUGCAUCCAGUUCGGCACCCCAGUGUUGCUGGAGAAUGUUGGGGAAGAACUGGAUCCCAUCUUGGAGCCUCUUCUGCUGAAGCAGACCUUCAAGCAGGGCGGGAGUCUCUGCAUCCGGCUCGGGGACACCAUCAUUGAGUACGCGCCCGACUUCCGCUUCUACAUCACCACCAAGCUGAGGAACCCGCAUUACCUUCCCGAAACAUCAGUCAAGGUGACAUUACUGAACUUCAUGAUCACGCCAGAGGGCAUGCAAGACCAGCUGCUGGGCAUCGUGGUGGCGCGAGAGAGGCCAGACCUGGAGGAAGAAAAGCAAGCGCUGAUAUUACAGGGAGCUGAGAACAAAAGGCAGUUAAAAGAAAUAGAAGACAAGAUUCUAGAAGUUCUUUCAUCUUCAGAAGGCAAUAUAUUAGAAGAUGAAACUGCCAUUAAGAUCCUGUCUUCCUCCAAGGCUUUGGCUAAUGAGAUUUCUCAGAAGCAGGAAGUGGCCGAAGAGACGGAGAAAAAGAUCGACAGCACCCGCAUGGGCUACCGCCCCAUCGCCGUCCACUCCUCCAUCCUCUUCUUCUCUAUCGCUGACUUGGCCAACAUCGAGCCCAUGUACCAGUAUUCACUCAUCUGGUUCAUUAACCUCUUCAUCCUGUCCAUUGAAAACUCAGAGAAGUCAGAGCACCUGCCGGUGAGGCUUCAUAUCCUCCGGGACCAUUUCACCUACUCUCUGUACGUGAACGUCUGCCGCUCUCUCUUUGAAAAAGACAAGCUCCUCUUCUCCUUCUGCCUCACCGUGAAUCUUCUUAUCCACGACCGCAUGAUCAAUAAAGCUGAGUGGAGGUUUCUGCUGACCGGUGGCAUUGGGCUGGAUAAUCCUUAUGCCAAUCCAUGCACGUGGCUUCCUCAGAAAUCCUGGGAUGAGAUCUGUCGAUUAGAUGACUUACCUGUCUUCAGAGGCAUCCGCAAGGAGUUCAUGAUCCUGAAGGAUGGAUGGAAAAAAGUCUAUGACAGCUUGGAGCCGCACCACGAGGUCUUCCCGGAAGAGUGGGAGAAGAAGGCGAAUGAAUUUCAGAGGAUGCUCAUCAUCCGCUGCCUGCGGCCUGACAAGAUCAUUCCCAUGCUGCAAGAGUACAUAACCAACAAACUGGGGCGCGCGUUCAUUGAGCCGCCCCCCUUCGACCUGUCCAAGGCGUUUGCGGACAGCCACUGCUGCGCCCCCCUCAUCUUCGUGCUGUCUCCUGGGGCAGACCCCAUGGCCGCACUCCUGAAGUUUGCUGACGACCAGGGGUACGGGGGAGCUAAACUUAGCUCUUUAUCUCUGGGCCAAGGCCAAGGGCCCAUCGCGAUGAAGAUGCUGGAGAAGGCCAUCAAGGAGGGCACGUGGGUGGUCCUCCAGAACUGCCACCUGGCCACCUCCUGGAUGCCCACCCUUGAGAAGGUUUGCGAGGAGUUAAGCCCAGAAUCCACGCACCCCGAUUUCCGGAUCUGGCUGACAAGUUACCCCUCUCCAAACUUCCCCGUGUCGGUGCUGCAGAACGGAGUCAAGAUGACCAAUGAAGCCCCGAAAGGGCUGCGCGCUAACAUCAUCCGGUCGUACCUCAUGGACCCCAUCUCUGACCCCGAGUUCUUUGGCAGCUGCAAAAAGCCUGAGGAAUUCAAGAAACUGCUCUAUGGCCUCUGCUUCUUUCAUGCUCUGGUCCAAGAGCGGCGGAAGUUUGGGCCCCUGGGCUGGAACAUUCCUUAUGAGUUCAAUGAGACGGACCUACGCAUCAGCGUCCAGCAGCUGCACAUGUUCCUGAACCAGUACGAGGAGCUGCCCUUCGACGCCCUGCGCUACAUGACCGGGGAGUGCAACUACGGGGGCAGGGUGACCGACGACUGGGACCGGCGCACACUGCGCACCAUCCUGAACAAGUUCUUCUGCCUGGAGCUGGUGGCCGACUCAGACUACCAGUUUGACUCGAGUGGCAUCUACUUCGUCCCUCCUGUUGGCGAUCACAAGAGCUACAUUGACUACACCAAGAACCUGCCGCUGACGCCCGCACCCGAGGUCUUCGGGAUGAAUGCCAAUGCCGACAUCACGAAAGACCAGGCAGAGACGCAGCUGCUGUUCGACAACAUCCUUCUUACACAGUCUCGCUCUGCAGGUGCUGGUGCAAAGUCCUCAGAAGAAGUCGUAAACGAGGUGGCCGGUGACAUCCUGGGGAAGCUGCCCAGCAACUUUGACGUUGAGGCAGCGAUGAGGAGAUACCCGACGACCUACAACCAGAGCAUGAACACUGUCCUUGUCCAGGAGAUGGGGCGCUUCAACAAGCUGCUGGUGACCAUCCGAGAGUCAUGCAUCAACAUCCAGAAGGCGAUCAAGGGGCUGGUGGUGAUGUCCACGGACCUGGAGGAAGUCGUUAGCAGCAUUCUGAACGUCAAAAUUCCGGGAAUGUGGAUGGGGAAAUCCUACCCAAGCCUCAAACCCCUGGGCAGCUACGUGAAUGACUUCCUUUCAAGACUAAAAUUCUUGCAGCAGUGGUAUGAGUCCGGGCCGCCCCCUGUCUUCUGGCUGUCCGGCUUCUUCUUCACUCAAGCCUUCCUGACCGGCGCGCAGCAGAACUAUGCCAGGAAGCACACGAUUCCCAUCGACCUCCUGGGCUUUGACUACGAAGUGCUGGAGGACAAGGAGUACAAGCAGGGGCCCGAGGACGGUGUCUACAUUCAUGGAUUGUUUCUGGAUGGAGCUUCCUGGAACAGGAAGAUCAAGAAACUCGCAGAAUCCUAUCCCAAGAUCCUUUACGACACAGUGCCCGUGAUGUGGCUGAAGCCCUGUAAGAGGGUGGACAUACUCGAGCGGCCCAGCUACCUGGCGCCACUGUACAAGACCAGUGAACGGAGGGGAACGCUGUCCACCACGGGCCACUCCACCAACUUCGUGAUUGCCAUGACCCUGCCCUCCGACCACCCCAAGGAGCACUGGAUUGGCCGGGGGGUGGCGCUACUGUGCCAGCUCAACGACUGACCUUGGGAGGCCAUUGUGGGGCCCACUUCUUGUGAGAUGGCGGAGUAUUUGUUCAACCAAGUUUUCUGGCUUCAAUAAAUCUGAGUAACUGUGUUCUUCACUCCAA